AGCUCCCUGCCACUAGCCCGUGCUGUACUCGGACCGUGACACGUUCAAAAAUUAAUUCCAAAUUAAUUUUAUUACCAUUAUUACGCGGUUAACCACCGAGACGAGUGUGUCUUAGUUUGUACGUGUUUACGUGUUUCUCUCGAGGCAUGAAAACAGCUCCGCGCGCUCGACUGCUACCUUUCAAACAAAAUUAUUGUCUCCAAUUCAUCGUGGAAGAAUUAUGCACUCAGUAUUUGCGGCCGGAUCUGGCGUGUUGACUCUCGCGGGGCCUCGAGAUAUAUAGGAUGUUGCAAAGCGGCCGCCCGCACUCCUCGAGUGUUGGUCCCAGAGACGCCACCUAGUGUUAAGUUCACCUCAUCACCUGCUGGUUCAUAGCCACACUAGUGGCAGAACUACCUCACCGCACCGUAAUCACCAGGAGAGGCACAUCAGGCCGUCAUACGCGUUGUUCGUCGUUGGAACUCAGCGUCCAGCCAGUAAGGAAGUUUCAAGUCCGCUUCGAGGCAAGCAUACAUCGCCGGCCGCCCGCAUAGGAUGGUAGAAACUGACCCCGGGCCCAAAAAACCUCACAAUUGUGAUGUAAAUAACGACCUCCAACUAAACGGCCCAGGUUCCAAAACCGUUGACCUUGGUAUCGUACCUUCGCUGAAGACCUCAGCCAAGUGCGACGCAGAAAAAGCGCCAAACUCUGAAAAAGCUGACUUCGAGCGGGCUAUCGAAUUAACCGGCUAUGGCCGCUUCCACUACCUGCUGCUCGCCGUGUGCGGGCUGGUCAGCACCUCCGAGGAGAUGGAUGUCAUCUCGAUGUCCUUCAUCUUGCCCUCGGCGCAGUGUGAUCUCAACCUCACUACGUAUACCAAAGGAUGGCUGAACAGUAUAAUCUUCAUCGGGAUGAUGGUGGGUGCAUACGCGUGGGGCUCGGUUGCGGACUCGCUGGGCCGCAAGCGCGUCCUCAUCGCUAUCUCCAUCGUCAACGCGCUUGCCAUCGUCGCCUCCUCCUUCAGCCAGAACUACGAGCUCUUCAUGCUCUUCAGGUUCAUCAAUGGCGCCGCGUUGGGUGGGUCUGGUCCUGUGAUUUGGUCAUACUUCGCGGAGUUCCAGCCUAAGAAGAAGCGCGGCGCCAUGCUGAGCUUCAUGGCCGCCUUCUGGACGCUCGGCAACCUGUUCGUGGCCGGCCUCGCCUGGGUCAUCAUCCCCAGCGAGAUCGGAGGAACGACAGGCGGUUUCGUGUACAACUCUUGGCGUAUCUUCUUGCUAGUGAUGUCUCUGCCGUCUUUCCUUGUCGCGGCGCUUUUGUUCCUUCUGCCAGAGUCACCCAAAUUCUUGAUAACAACAGGCCGCCAUGAAGAUGCGCUAGAAGUAUUCAAAGGGAUCUAUCUUAUGAACACCGGCCGGAGUAAAGAGGAGUACCCAGUUAAGCAGUUGUUAGUAGACGUGCCGAUACAUACCAAGCCUGAAAAGCAGCUGGAAGAGAAGGAGCCGAAGUCAAAGAUGCGUCGGAUGCUAAGCGACAUCGUGGAGCAUAGUAAACAGCUGUUCGUGCCGCCUAUACUCAAGUUCACAACGAUAUCCAUCACCAUCAAUUUUACAUUCCAUAUUGGCUACUACGGUCUGAUGAUGUGGUUCCCGGAGAUGUUCAACCGUUUCGACGAGUGGUCGCGCGCCAACGACAACGCGCCGGCGGACAUCUGCCAGGCGACGGCGUACGUGGUGCAGCGCGGCACGCACUCCGCGGAGGCGCUCUGCGACCCGCACAUACACUCC